ACAGUUGCGGUUUCGCUUUCGCACCGUUUGCGUGCCUUCGUUUCGUGACAGGGAAAAAUCCUGUGUGAUUUUGGUAACACUCACACAGUUUGAGUUGCAAGUUUUGCGUCCGCCGUCGGGGAUUUAUCGCAGUCGAACCCUGCCUGGUUGUUACCGAGGUUGCGAGUGAUUUAUGAAUUGUUUUCUUUUUUCCUGCGACUCACAAUAACGUAACUCGGUAGUGCUACAGGUGCUGAACAGUUUCAGGUACUGUUGUUGAAUCCCUGGACCCAUUAUUAGGGCCUUCUCCCGUCAACCUGUAUGUGUAGGUGUUAUCCGUGUUAAAAUCCCGAAUCGACCGGCUAAAUUUAGCUCCAGUAUAGAAGACAACCCGAGUGAGGAAGAAAAGAUGAUUGACAGUGUUUGAAAGCGAAAGGCUAAACGGAUUAUAGUUCCUGUGCAGUGAUUUACUAGUGCUAGUGUGUGAUACGAAGAAAAAAAUCUUUAUAGAUUCAAUCCUCAGUGAGAAAUCAGUGUUUUCCAGCAGCAUCAAGCCGAGUACACCAAAAUCACUCACACCCGACGGCAACGAUACUGUGUUGGAAUUCCACUAAACCUCAUCCUCAACAUGGUUAUAGAAUAGGCAACCUUUGGAUAGUUAGGCCACGCUAGGGCAACAGCCGUUACACAGGCAGCAGCAUGGAAAAAUUAAUCCACUCCGAAAUUUUGUCUACAUAAACUGCAAUUCGGAACACGCCUGGACGAACGGACGGACGGGUGGCGCGGUGCAGCGACGACAACGGUGGAAAACAAUCAAUGCCAAAUUGAUGAACUGAUUUAUGCAAAUCGGAUUGCAAGGCAAAAGUUGCUCUUUGUCCACUAGAACCGAUUGGACUGUGUGAAUCCAGCCCCGGGAACGGAUACCGGUUUAGUCAGAGAAUCACGUUCCGUGCAAUAAUCAGAUCCCUAUUUUUCGCUGCUAGAAAACACAAGGUCCCCGUAGAAUCGUCGAAUAAGUUUUUUUUUUUUUCGUUCUCGUUUCGGGCCGAGAGUGUAUGUGCAAUAAGUUAGUUCAUCUUUUCAUAUGAUUUCCGUGUGCUACUGCUAUAUUCCGGAACAGAGAUAGAAAACAGCAAGAUUGCGGCUUCGUAUUUGUGAAUAUCGAAAUCUGUGCAGGAGUUAAGCGAAGCGAAGAAAACGGCGACAAGAAUGCAGGAAAAUAGUGUCGCUGCAGUUCCGGUGUCCGGUGCGACCGUUACCGCCGCCGGCAUUACGGGGAACGGCAAUCAGGCGGCGGGUGGUGGUGGUGGCGGGAGCGGAGGUCAUACGGCUUCCAGCAACACUUCCGGCACGACGCCAGUGUCGUCUUCGCCGGGCAACAGCACCAGCAUCAGCGAGAUCGAUCAGGCCCAGUUCGAGGCGGACAAGCGGGCGGUGUACAAACAUCCACUGUUUUCCCUUCUGGCGCUGCUCCUGGAGAAGUGCGAGCAAGCAACACAAGGCUACAUUCCCUCCUCGAACUCAUCCAGCCCGAACGGGUCCACCAAUGGCACUAGCGACGGCGACAGUUUCUCCCGGGAUGUUCAGGCCUUCGUACAAAUGCUGGAGAAGGAGAAACGACCGCUGCUUACGAACAACUCAGAACUAGACGGCCUUAUGAUCAAAGCCUUGCAAGUGCUGCGAAUACAUCUGCUGGAGCUGGAAAAGGUUCAGGAACUCUGUCGGGACUUUUGCACGCGAUACAUCGCUUGCCUACGGGGAAAAAUGCAGUCGGAAAAUCUGCUUCGUUCCGACUAUGCCAUGGAGCACAACAACAAUCUGUCCAAUUCGAAUAGUCCGAUUAAUAGUCCUGAACAGGAUCUAUCAGGCAGCGCUCAAGGAUAUUACCAAAAUACCGAUUACUUGUCGGCAACCGAUACCAAUGAGUACAGCAAUAUGCAAGCAGGCCAAUUUAAUCAGCAGCUGUUCCCUGCGCCAGCAUUGCAUCAGCCUACCAUGCUAGACCGAGCAGCACCGAAAGGACUACAUAUUCCUAGCAGUGUUGCUCAAACUUUGCCUCCAGCAGAAACGGCACACACAAUACCGAGCCUACCUCAAGAGAUUCCCCCUAUCCCGACCCAACUUCCAAUCCCAGCUUCCAGCCUCCUAAAUCACACUGCCGUUUCCUCCCAUCCACUGCUGGAAGCGUUUGCCGACGAACAGCUGUCUGCCCUCAGCGGCAGCGGUAGCUCGGACGAACUGGACGAUUCAGAACUGGAUGCCGCGGGCAGCAGCGACGGCUUUGGUCGUGGUAAACACUCAAAGCGGGGCAUUUUGCCCAAACAAGCUACCAGCGUAAUGCGCGCUUGGUUAUUUCAGCACCUAGUCCAUCCCUAUCCUACUGAGGACGAGAAGCGAGCGAUAGCCACCCAAACCAAUCUCACGCUGCUGCAAGUCAAUAACUGGUUCAUCAAUGCCCGACGCCGAAUCCUUCAACCAAUGCUUGAUCAACCAUCUGACAGUACUCGUCAGAGUCCCUCAUCGCCAUCGUCCUCUCAAACGUCCUCCACGGUGGAUCCGCUGUCCGCAGCUCAGCCUCCCCCAGGCAGCAAAUGCUACUGGACAGCCGACAGUUCGCAAACCGAUCACUUCUCAACACCCCCACUGCUGGCCGACAUCGAAAACAUUAGCUCCAAAAUUGGCCGAGUGAUGGACCCAGAACGAUUGCUGCUUGUUGCGGCAGCGUCACAAAAACUGGCCAACCACCACCACCACCACCACCACACGACAGGACGAUUCUAGCAUCCCGGUGGACAACAGUAGCAGCGCAUCGAAGACGAUUCCAGCUCCUCGGGGGGAUGCUGAGCUUCCAACCGCGAAACCACCACCACCAACAUACGAAACUUAUACCUACACACAUGCAACCGAUGUAUACUGAGAGCAACUAACGAAUGCCAUAGCGAUUCUAGUUUAAAGUUUGGUUUAUUGAAAGUUUUUUAUAUACCUUUUUGGGUUCUGUAGAAAGCAAGUGGUAAUGUUUUAUCUCAUGCUAGGCGAGUGCUAGACUCAGAUAGAAACGCGAGGUCCUUAUUUCAUUAUUUGUUGAAUAUUUUAGGAUGGUACUGCUCGUGGUAGAGAAAGGCUGUAGUGAGGAAAGUUUUUUGUUUUUUUUUAUAUACACCCAAUAUAAACAUUAAGCCAAUAAGUUAUUACAAAAACAUGCCGUUCGGGAAGGCAAAAAUAUUUCAUUUGCAUCUUUUUCCGAUUCUAAGAUCAGCGAUUCUUAGUAUGGCGACUGCUACAAGCAAAAUCAUAAGAAAAUCUGUUUCAUGACCAGGACUAGCCUGUAAAUGGCAUGCAGGUUAUUCAAUUAUUCGAAAUAAAACGCAGGAACUGGGUACACCACGGACGAAAUAGAGAACGAGAACCUGGACGCAUAAAUAAUUAUGAUAUCACUCUCAGGGCGAAAUGAUGAAAAUAUGAUAAUUAAUUAAUGAGUAUCAGUGCCACGCUCGGGUCCUGCUGCCUCCCGACGGUGCUGCUCAGGCUCAGGUUCUGCGUUAAGUACGGAAUCGUAAAGCAAAGAACAAUGAGAGGCAAAACAUCAUCGGGUCGAGGAUAUUCGUGCGUCCUGGUGAUGAUGAAGUUGAAUUGAUUAAUAUUUAUUACGAAUAAUGAGGUCCCUCCCUCGGUUUAACGGCCCCGGCGAAACCAGAAAAACAGGCUCGAGAAUAAACAAACAUUCGUAACUCAAUUAAACGCACUGAAAACAAAAAAAAAUACUUUGAAGAGUUCGGGUUAAAUACAGAAACGAUUACAUGAAUAAAUAUUAUUUACAUACAGAUUUUAUUUAUUCUGCUCCAAGCGCGGCCGAAAAAGCGAGUACACUUUUACGAAUAUAAAUUAUCGAAUUAAGCGAUAAUUGAAUGCACAUGAUAAUGCCAAUUUACACGCGCAGGUGGGCACUGGAUGACGGGAGAGGGGUGACUCGAAUUCAGCGACAGCGGUUACAGUGGAAGCCGAACUGCAAAAAAAAGCUAUAGAUUGACCACUAACUAAGUCACCAAACCAAGCCAAGCUACUGUAUACGCUCUUUCAAGUAGACUAUAACGAUUUACCAUUAUUUUAGUGUUAAAACUUGGGUUGUCUAAAAGUUCAAACCAUUAAGCUUAUGUUAACCAGCAUUGAGCAACGGAUAUACGUAAUCAAAACAAGUGAAUAUGAAAUAGAUUGUAACUGAACAAAAAUAAAGUUAUAGAAAUACACUACUAACAUUGGAAGGAAUAGAGCAACAGCAAAUUUAAACGAGGAAGAAUUAAGCCUGUGAUAAUAGAUUUAUUUGUUUUUCAUAUCUCUUGCUAAUCAACAACAAUAACAACAACAACAACUUACUAACUACUACAAUGAAAACAGUCCACUAAAAAAACUGAAAUGCAACAAAAAUACGUAAAAUUCCUAUCUCUGUGUCAUAAUAUUAGACGAAAACUAACGAAGAAGCGGCGGGUGAGAGCAAAGUAUACCAACUCUACGAAUAAGUUUAUUUAGUAGCUAAUCAAGAGGAAACCGAAUGCCAAUUGUCUGAGACGUAAACCUACACAAACAAACACAUACACUCACAACUAAACUGCUGAUUGAAAUCUGUAUACGUAAUGUUCAUACGAUUUAGAAUUUAUUUUAUUUAUCUUGCUUUAGUUAUCGUAAAAUCUAACCUCAGAAUGUAUACCUAAAUAGGAUAGCGGAAACGUUGGCGAAUUGUCACAGCAAAGCCCUGCGCCUCCAGGCCAGGGCCAGGCGUCGUUGAACAUAAUGUAAAUAGGAUUUCGAUUCUUAGCGAAUAAAUUAACCCUGAAAAUUAUUUCAUGUAGCAGCCGGAGAAUGACCGCUUCUUGAAGUGACAGCUUUACGGCCGUUUUGGCGCGUGACAGAUGCCAUCGCAGCAAGCCGAAAAGAUUGUUAACGCGUUCGUCAUCUUGAUAAGAAACGCCAGAACUUCGUUUAUUAUUCGAGCGAUUUCACGCCAAUUGACCCAGCCCUUGGUAGCACCUUUGCAGCUUUCAGAGAAACUUCAUAAAUUUUAUUAUAUCGAUAAUUCAAGCAACUGCUUCUCGAAUUCUCAAAAAAUCGAAAAAUUAUCUUUGUUAUUACCGAUGUCGUCAAACACACAAAGUUUCACUGUCAUCUUCAAGGGUAUAGCAAAAGCUAGAGACGAAUUUACGUGAAAUCUCUCAACACAUAAUUGCAGAUCCGCCACGUAAGGUGAGAUGUUGAUUAUUAACUAAUUAACCGCCCCAAUUAGGCUGUUACAACGACAAGCAACGUUCUCUGGGUUCUGUGUAUGAUUCAGAUAUAUAAAUAAUACUUUCUUGUGCUAAAUUUGGUCUAUACUUAUACACACACAACCAAUUAAAACGCUUCAACCAGUUUCACCCUGUACAAAGAACAAAAAAAAGUUGAAUCUAAGUAAACUGAACAAUACUGUAUAACGAAGAUAAACGAGCACAAUUUGAGUUUCAACAGUUCGAGUUAAGUUGACCAGUUUUUACUUGAAAAUAAACAAAACAAACAAAUCCGUGGCUUCCGUGCCAUAUUUUAGGAAUCGUAGCAUGAAUGCAAACAAAUGCAGAAGAAGAACAAAAAAAACUAAACCGUCUUGGUGAGUAACGUUAGAAAUUAUCGCAGAUUAAGCAACACUUUGGAAUCUUACUAUACCAUCAAAAUUCAAAAUUAAGUAAAACUUGUACGAAAACUAGAUCAACAAUUUGGAUAAAGAAGAAGUUCCAUGCAAAGAAAUAAAAACUUACUGUAGUGUGCGGAAGGUAUCAAAUGCAGAAAAAAAUUACAAAUGCAGACAGAUUAGAGUGUAUACAACAACAAAAAAUUUGAAUAAUACAAAACAACACACACACGCAUAACAACCAAAAAAGCAACUCAUUAUUGAUUAUUGAUUAAUUGAUAGUAAGUCGCCAACCAGCAGGUGAAUAAAAUUGAACAUAAACUUUAAAACCUGAAA